AUGGACCGUUUUAGCUUUGUGGCCCCUGCACGAGCCAAGGUCUUGGUCGUUCCGGUUGCUGGUUUGUCUGGUGAAAAAUUCGACCGCUACUUCCAGCAGAUCAAAUCUGCCAAUGACAUCAGACUUCUAGACGUGACUCCGAUACCCGAGUGUCGCUAUUUUAAUCCACAGGCGUUCCCUCAGGGCCGUGUUUUCUAUGAUUUCGCCACUUCUUUCCACGAUGAGGAAUCUGUUUUCCUUCACGACUUCGAGCCUUUUCGCAAAACCAUGAUUGUACUUGGAGUUGGAGAAUACGAUAAAUCCAAAGAAGAUGCCAGUCUAUCUGAUCUUCGAAGCAGGCUACCCACAGCCAUUGUCCACAAUUGCAUUUUUUUCAACUCGUCGGUGGAAGUUGCCGACGUGGCCACUCCAAACGUCUAUUACUUGACGUCUCCUUCGCAUCUUAGCAUCACUGCCAUGGAAACCACCAUUUGCAGCGUCACCAGAAGCUACUUAAAGGCUCUAGACGAGUGUGCGGCGUCAUAUGAAAGUAUGUCGCUUCGCUCACCCGUUUCACUUGUCGACAGCAACGUGCUCACUCGAACCAUUAAUUUGGCCCAGAAGAGAAUCAGUUCCGGCUCCUCUUUUAAAGUAUCCUUUUCCAAUGGCCAGGAUGUGUCCAAAUCGACAGAUGUCAAGCUCAAAGCUCUGCAGAAGCAAACCGGCCGUCACUCCAAACUUAUGGGCAACUUCUUUUUAUUGGCUGGAAAAUGUAAUGAUGCUCUACAGUACUUCACAGACGCUGCCAUUAAUGCCAAAAAAUGUGACGACUACUUAUGGCUAGCCUCAGCUCUUGAAGGUUUGGCUACUUCUGCUUUCAUUUUAGCGUAUCUAGACUUGCCAUUUCAUGUGCAAAAUCCCAUGCUAGCAUCUAUCCUUCUGGUUCCAAAGAACAGAGUUGUGACCCUUGGACCAUCCACUAGUCGUGUAUCAACAGAGUCUUUGGGUACCAAGUCCAGUGUCAGUGUUGUCUCCCCUCGAAACUCUACCAGCAGCUCCCUCGGUUUCGGGUUCUCUGCGGCAACUUUGACGGGAACAAUGACUGACUUCUCUGCCAUGCCACUUCCCGAAUUCUUGAGAGUGCUUUGUCUCAAAGCUUCUCAGUAUUAUCAAUUGAGUGCAACAGAAAUUGAAGAUUGCGUCCCGGAUCUAGUUUAUGUGGCAGCCAUCAUACGACAUGUAAAGCUUAUGGUGACAAUCUACCUAGGAGCAUCGACACCAUUGCGAUCUAUCUUGGAGUCGGUAAUCAAAUCUAUUCCUAUUAUCCUGAAAGGCUCCAAGGAAGGCUCCUUGGUUCUGAAAUCCGACAUCAUUCAGGAAGUCGAUAAGGUUUUUUCGUUGCAGUUGGUGGAACUUGACUUCAACGAGCAAUGUCAUGUUUACUGUUCGUUGGCAUCGAUCUACUCGGACUUAAAACUUUACAGGAAGCAGGCUUUCAUUUUACGUAUCCUCCUUGUUGCUCUACUUCCCAAGGUUGCACGUAUGGCAAAACGUGACACUGUUGCUGAUCUCAAUUCGCUCGCCUCAAUUACCAGCAUUUUUCUGCUUCUAUUUCAAGUAUACCAUAUUGAUUCGGAACCUGAGAGAAAAGAAUCCAUGGCAAAAGAUCAUAUUUCCGAUUGGAGCACUUUGCAGAUUCUGAUUAUUAAAAUCUGCUUGAGAAUUGCCGAAUCUUUGCAAGACUACAAAACUCUUGCAAAAUUAUGUGUGUUGACUUCGACAAGGUACUCACAUUGCUUGCUGCCAGAGGAUCAGAUUAAGUUGAAGGAAAAACUCAAUUGGUUGAACCUUUUGCUUGCCAACAACGAAAGCGAUGAUUCACUUCCGCACUCCGAUCCUUUCAUGGUAAGGAACAUUAAGUUUGUUGUCACCCCCUCGGCUUCGGAUUUGGUACCUUUUGCAGAUGUUGAACAAUCUAACGGCUCAGCUAAUGGCGCUGUCCUUUUCAAUCCCUUCAACAAAUCCAAAACAGGCACAAACAAAGAGCGACUUAUUUGUGUCAAUGAGGUGCAUCAGUUGAAGGUGACGUUACAGAACCCGUUCCCGUAUGAUGUGGAUUUGGAUGAGAUUGCAGUUGCAAGUGAUGAAAUUGUCAAAGUGGAAACCAUCAGAUCCCUUAUAAAAAAAGUUUCCUCAACUCCAAUUUCCCAAAGAAGCGAGCUUAAUGGCAACAAUGGAAUUGGCUCGAUACAUCGCAGGAAUGUAGUCCAAAAUGGUGCAUUGUCACCUGUUCAGCAUGGUACUGUGGUAUUGGAGCGUAACAGCGUAUCGCAAGUGAUCGUCUCGUUCAAAGCUUUGAAUCCUGGAAAAUUGACAAUAAAGGGAUUGACUCUAAAAGCAGGAAAUUCAAGAAAUCAGUUAUUCCUUAUUCUGGAGUUGGAAAAGGCUUGUGAAUUGCAGAAGAUUAAAACUUAUGGCAUCCUGGCGCCUAUCCAUGAUGAGGCAACUUUAGACAAGCUCAUCCACAACUUGUCUCAGGCAUCGAUCACUGAAAGAGUUAUAACCAAAGAGCUAUCUUUAGGGGUUAUAGCCCGACAGCCAUCUUUGUCUGUUAUCAAAAAUCUGAUUACCAAUGGAUGGGUCAUGCUUUUGGAAGGUGAAAAGCAACAUUUUUCACUUGAGUUGAAGAACACAUCGGCAGACCCUGUUAAUUAUCUUUCAUUUUCUUUUUGGGACUCCACCAGCGACUCAAUCAACAACAAACUCUCCCAACCAGGAGCAUACGCGGCCGAAGACGUCUAUGAGCUUGAAUGGCAAUUAAUCAAGAAUAGACCAUUUCAAGUUUUGAACAAGCAAGAAUUAGCCACACGUCACAAAGUUAUAAAGCCCAAUGGAGACUUUAGAAUUGAUUAUGAAAUCAACGGAAAACGGGGAAUGACAGACCUGAAACUCAUUCUAGAGUACAGCAAUAAGAAGGCCGAUACCCCGGGUGAAAACUACAUGAAGACGGUUAGUGUUCCACUUAGUGUCUCGAUCCAGCCAUCCUUAGAUAUUGUGGGAUGUGAUGUAAUUCCGUUCUUCUCUUCCUCAUUGCACGGCUAUGUUGCUGGAUCUCACGAAGGUGGAAUUAUUCAAAGAAAUAUGGAUUCUUUGCUCGACUUCAUCGCCACUACCAAAACUUCAACAGAGGAAGAUAUUUCCUCAUAUGCAUUGUUGGUCCUUGACGUCAAGAAUUCAUGGAAGCACAAAUUGUGCGCUAAUAUCAGUAAUAGCUUUGCCACCAGAGAGAAGUAUGUCGUCAACGAGGUCUUAGACACCUCAGAGACAUGUCGUUUUCUUUUGCCGGUUAAGAGAAUCGGACAUGACGUCGUUGACACAUCGAAACCGAUCCCGUCGCUUCGCAACAAGCAAUUUAUCAAGAAUUACAACAUUUCUAAGGAGGACGAGAUUCAAGAGAGAAAAGAUUUCUGGAUCAAGUCUAUUCUUCUCGAAGGAUUAAGUGGCAAAUGGAAUACUGUUGACCUUCAAACUGAACGCAGUGGAGUGCUUGACACUCGUUGUAUUCGGUUGAACAGAGACAUGACCAAUGUUUUAGUGUACGACAGCAUUCUGAUUCAGCAUUCCAUCUUUCUCGACGAUGGACUGAAUAAGGAAAUUCAAGAAGAAAAUAAUGAGUAUCGUUUGGAGAGAGAGCAGUUCUAUGUUCUUAAAACGAAAAUCAUCAAUCAUACUCAUGACAGUCUUACAGGAACUCUUAGGCACGUUCCUUUUCCAGUGAAUGCAGCAACGAAACAAGAAUUAUCGAUAGAGCUGAAGAUCUUGUACAACGGAGAGUUGCAAAAGCAUAUAGGUAAGAAGAGCAUUCCUCGAGGGCAAAGUUUGGAGUUGAGUCUCGGGUUCUUGAUCUUAGAUAAAGGGAGAUAUGAGUGGGGUUGUGUGUUUGACGUUGCUAAGGAGAGAGGCAAGAGAGUCAUUGGCCGUGAACCGGUCUACAUUAAUGCAUCAUAA